UUGACAGUGAGCAGUAGCAUUUCGGAAGUCCAAAAAUGUCCCAAAGGAUUGAAAAUGUAGUGAAAGGACUAGUGAUGGUGGUUUUGGCUUUUAUGGUGGCACAAACGCUAUCCGACUGCAAUGUCUGUCAAUCAAAUCAAGUGGCCUGCAUAAACUCCACGUCCUUUUACUUGUGUUUUGGAGAUGGAACUCCACAUCGGGAUCAGCUAUACCAUUGCCUAGAAGGAUUCGACUGCACCAAUCUCACAGCGAUUUGUGUUCAGAAGAGCAGCCAGCGGCCUCCAAGUUGCGGGGAUACCUCUCAAUGUGGCCAAUGCAAUGCCAAUCGGAAUUAUCUAUUCGCCUGCCAGAGUCGUGGAAUCUUUCAGAUGUGCUAUGGAGCCACUAGACCCACUGGGAAAUUUGGUUACUGCCCCACGGGUACGGUUUGUGAUGCCAGCAGCACUGCGAUUUGUGUGCCUGAGGUCGCGGGUCAAACGCUGACCUGUGACAUAAAUGACGAACUGGUGGACACCACCACUGCAGCGCCCGUGACCACCGAAACUACUGGCGGUACCACUGAGAGCACUACUGAAAGCAGCACCGAUUCGACUGUAACCACCGAGACGCCCACUACAGUGACGCCUCUAACUCCUGCCCAAAUGUGCGCCCAAAGAAAUGCCACUGGUCUUUUUCCCGUCAUUCCUGCGGAUCCCUAUUGCCAGCGCUACAUUAGUUGCUACUUUCAAAAGAGCGUUCUUAUCAAAUCUGCGGAAUACAACUGUCCCACGGAUUCCUGGUUUGUUGCUCAAACUCAGAGUUGCGUCUACGUAAAUCCCGGCUACUGUCUUUAA